GUUAGUGACUUAUUGUUAGAGUAAAUUAAACGUUUGUAAGAUGAAAUAUUUGCGCACCCCCGAAAUAAAUUCGGCGGAACGGAAAGAAAAGGAACCAGCUGAUUUUCCGCGUACCUCAAAGUUGUUUGAGGUGAGGAACGCUGGAACAGAGUCGUAAUGGCGGAUUAGUACCAAACUGUCAAAGAAUGCUCAUAUCUAUUUUCUACUGUGAACUCAUUCGCGAAGUGAUACAAAAGCACAAUUAUUAGAGAAAACUCCGUGUAAUAAAUCAUAACCGAACAGCAUGUGGACUCCCAUUAUGUAGAGUGAAAACAAUAUAUUUCGACGUUUUUCGUGUAUUUGCAAUCAAUCGUCGAGCGAUCGUUCAUUCUCGUUGUUGACAUAUAUAUGUGACUGUGUGGUGUUUUUCAUCCUAAAUCUACAGGCGGAGAAUUUCGCUUAUCAACCAAGUUUAUUUUUAUUUCGGCCACUUUUUUUUCCUACUGCUAAACCAAAAUGUAUAAUCGCAGACGCACAAAUAACUUUACAUACGUUAGCUCAUGUGUAAAGUACAUGAUUUUUCUACUGAAUUUUAUUUUUUGGCUUUUCGGGGGAUUAUUGAUCGGUGUAGGUCUCUAUGCGUUUUACGACAAAUGGCAAGCAACAGGAUCGAUCAGAGUUGAAAAUGUUUAUGAUGUGGUUUUGAAUAUUUCCCUGGUCAUGGUCAUAGCAGGAGGAGUUGUCUUCAUUGUCAGUUUUGCUGGCUGCGUUGGGGCUCUUAGAGAAAACACUUGUCUUCUGAAAUUCUACUCUUGGUGUCUAUUAGGUUUUUUCCUGCUCGAAAUGGGAGUGGCUAUUGUUGGUUUUGUGUUUCCACACACACUGCAGUCUCUACUGGAGGAAUCCUUUACAGACAAAAUCAUUCAGACUUAUCGAGAAGAUCCAGAUCUACAAAAUUUCAUUGAUUUCGGCCAGCAAGAAUUCAAAUGUUGCGGUCUGAGUCAAGGUGGUUACAUGGAUUGGGGAAAAAACGAGUACUUCAAUUGCUCAAGUCCUGGUAGAGAAAGCUGUGGAGUGCCAUUUUCGUGCUGCAUCAACACGACUGAUAUUUCUAGCGGAUUGGUAAACAUAAUGUGCGGUUAUCAGGUGCAAGUGCUUCCAGUGUCUGAGGCGAGUAAAAAGGUGUGGACGAGCGGUUGUAUUGAAAUCGUGCGUAGCUGGGCGGAGAGAAAUCUUUACACGAUAGCGGGUAUCGCAUUAGGAAUAGCAUUGAGUCAAUUGUUCGUGAUAUAUUUGGCAAAGACAUUGGAGGGACAGAUUGAAAUGCAGAGGGCGCGUUGGCGAUCAUGAGCUUGACCUCAGGCCACCUCCUAUCGGUAUCAGAUAGAAUCACCAGCUGGCAGGCAGGUGGCCAACGGUCGUAGUCGCGGUCAAGAAGCCGAAACGAGCGCAAACGCGCGUAUGGCGUUGCUCGUCUUGCUCGCGAUCGCUUUGUACGUCCUGUGCAUUCUAUCUUUAAUCAAACUAGCCCUUUAUUUCAGGAAUUACUUUCACAUGUACAUCGGCACUGGUUAAAUACCUAAUAUCAUAAUUCGUCAUGAUUUUGAGUUUUUCAUCCUUGAAAUGCAACGAAAUUCUAUUUUUUUUUUCAAUAUCCUGCCGAUUUUCGCAUCAUUGACAAUUGUAUUUGCGAGUUCAGGAUUUAAAAAAUUGGUCAAUUUGCCAUUCGAAUCUUUUUCUCAUCAAUCAGUUGAUCAAAUCUGCAAAUAAAAUGUUGAUUAUGUGAGAUAUUACGAAAUUGAAAAAGAAAUGAAUUUUUUCUGCAUUCCAUCGAUGCAAAAUUCAAUACCAUUAAUCACCAUCGUUUUGGUAUUUAAAACAUUGUCGUGGACCGCGUGAAUGAUAUUAUCUGGAAAAUUGGGUAAUCCCUUGCUCCUAUGAACCAUGAAAAACUAGAAUUUUCACUGCCUCUCCCUCCGAGCUCUCUCCCUUUCUAUUCUUUUUAUUCCUGAGCCUUUUAAUCCAUGUCACAAAUUAAGAUUACAUACGAUCGCCGCCAUUUUUAUCACUUAUGCAUUUAUACAAGUGUCCUCGUUCAAUUGCCCAUAGCAAUUCCACGGGCAUACUAUUACGAUCAAUUAUUAUUUACGUUUAUCGAUUAAAUCGAUAUUUAUCGAUCUGUGGUUUAUAAAAGAUAGUUCGUAAGGUGCGAUUUUUUCGUUUCUAGGCUCGUAGGAUUAGACAAUGAAAUUGAGAGGCGUAGAUUUUUCGACAAUUUUUAUAUUAUAUUAUUAUGAUGACUAAAAAUAUUAUUAUUGAUGUAUGGAAAACCCCAAAAUUGAUGAAACGUCUUUCAAUUUUGAGUCUAGCAAAUAUGUUCGUUUGUUAUAACAGAUAUUUUCAGUUUAAUCAGUAUUCGAGAAUUCGAAGACUCCCGUCGUCGUGACCAACGUACAGAAAGCCUGCCAUCUAUUAAUUCACGUGUUAUUGGAUGUGUAGCUAUUUUUCUAGGUGAUAAAGCAAAACAAAACGAAAAAAGAGAAGAAAAAAACAUGUCGUGGUACGCGACGCUCUUGAAACUCAAAUUUUUAACUUCGAAAGCCAUUUAAUGUUUAUACACGAAUGUAAGUGCACCAAAAUAAUAACAAAAAGUAUAAGACAGAGGCGAAAAAACGAUGGAAUCACGCACACAGCUUUAAAGGCCGUGUCCAUGUUGCACUCACUAUUUUAAUUCGAGAAAGAGAUGAAGAAGAAGAAAAAACUGCGGAAAAACGAUGAUCAAUAUCGUUCGAUGAAUUUUAGGUUUUAAGCUUCUCCUUUCGCAUUUUUCAAAGGAGCGAAGGCCAAAGUUCGUCGAGACAAUGGGGCUUGUGAAUCGCCCUCAAGGAUCAUUUGAACCUAAAUUUUCAGCCAAAAAUUGUAUUUUUUUUAUGAGAAUUUUCGUACUUAGCCGUCCGGCAGAAAUCUCGAAAAUGUUAAUCUUCCAAAUAUCACAUCGAUGUUCAGCUAUUACGAUGAACGGAAUUUAUUGAAACUUCGCCUAAGUGAAGAUUUGUUCAACGCAUAAGCUAGCAUUAUUUGACUUCAAUUAACCUCAAAACUAGAACAUUUUUCCCAAGUUUUCGAAAUUUUACAAAGCAAACGAAGGAAAAAUCGUCUCAUCACUUUUCUGUGUUUGAACAAAUUUUUCACCAUUUUACAAACAUUUCAUUCCAAAAAUCAACAACCAAAACGUCAGAACUACUGAUCGAUAAAAUGACGUUUGGCGUAAAAUGUAUUCGUCAAAUAUCCUCGAGUGUACCAGAGUCAUGUAAAUCAGAUGCUAAUUUUGGUAAAAUGUCAAAAUUUUUUCAACUUAUAAGAAACCGAAAAGUAAGGUAAACCUUAACAGAUCCAUUUUGCAGUACAAUUGCUCAGUGGCAUUGUGCUCUCACACACUGACGAAUUUUUCAUCCGAGUCAGUACAAAAAGUUGAAAAAAAAUGUAAAUAAAUUACGAACAAACUUGAUACACUAAUGUAUUGUAUAUAAAUACAUACAUAAAUAUGAAUAUAAUACAAAUACAUAUGCAUAUAAAUGAUUGUCUAGAUAUCGUAGGUUUGGCUCCAUUCGCAUCGAUUUAUCCGAACUUCGUGAUCUGAUUCGUUGUUUUAUAUUGUAUACAAAUUUAUAACCUCAAAUAAGUAAAAAAAGAAAAGCAGUAUAACGCGGACGAAGGUAUUAUUUUGACUGCUUAUUUUUUAGCCGAAUUAUAUCUCGAACAAGGAAAAAGCGUCCAGUGCCAAAAUCAGUAUAUAAUUCAGUUUUUUUUUCCAUAAAAGUCAUAUCAUUUAUAUUUGUCUUUUUAUUACUCCAUUUAAAGAAUCUGACAAUAAUCGUAUAAACAAAAAGCUGAAGAAAAUAAAAAAUGAAAAUUGAAUCGAGCUGAUUUUGUCUUUUAAAAAUACACACGAACGCCUGUCGAUGUUCGAGGUACUGAGUGAUGAUAAGUUUUAGUCGAUUGGACGAUUGAAUCUUGCAUAAAUUAUAUUAUACACAUAUAAAUAUAUUAUAUAUAUAUAUAUUAUAUAGGAUAUUAAACUAGUUUCGUAUUUAACGGAAAUUGUUCUACGAUGACGCGCCAACUGCGAUAAAUAAAAUAUUCCGAAUGAAAGUUCAUAAUA